GGUUCGUCGAAACGAUGUCGAAACGACGUCGAAAUAACAAUCGAUUCGACAUCGAUCGACGAGUCAUGUCUCGUUGAGUAAAUGAAAAACUAUUACCUCCACGUUUCUGAUAAUAACUUGACUCUUCGACCUUUUACAUAUAUUUAUCACGAGGACAGAACGUUUUAUACAAUUUUUUCCCCAGUUUGUGUCAAAUUAUAUGUAUACACCUUCACACAUAUUGCAUGAACUAAUCUUACGAUCUGUGAUAUAACAAAUUUUCUCAGGAAAAAUCUUCACCACGAAUGUUCUGUGCUGUACGCGUUAGCAAUACAUAUACGAUAUUGGAAAGGCCGGUGGAACUGGCCUUCUAACACGCAAGCUGGUGGGGAUACACCUAGCAAUAAAACGUUCCGUCUCUGAUCAGUUUCGUUAAUAUCACUGUUGCAGCUUGCUGAAAACAGUGCCACCAAAGAUGAAGCUUUUGAUAUCAGGAAUUCUUCUCUGUGCCGUUGGUUUUUCGUUAGGCGAUGUAGAGUCCGAAUUUAAGCAGGCGAAAAUCGAGCCCGACAUCAUAGACAAAGCACCAGUCGAGAAGAUCGAGGUAAAAUACGGCAAGAAGGUAGUCGAUCUGGGAACCGAGCUGACGCCGACUGAAACUCAUGAGAUACCAGAAAUACAUUAUAAACACGAAGGCGGAGUUCUGUACACGCUCGUCUUAACGGAUCCUGAUGUACCGAGGAGAGGAGGAUACAAUCGAGAAUUCCGACACUGGCUCGUGGGAAAUAUACCGGAAGAGAACAUAGCUAAAGGCGAAGUCCUGGCGGAGUAUGUCGGUCCUGCGCCGCCGAAGAACACCGGGAAACACCGCUACGUGUUUCUGCUUUAUAAACAAAAUCAGGGUUCAAUUACCUUUGACGAGAGAAGAUUGAGCACUUGGGACGGAAGUCAAAGGAAGAGGUUCUCCAUAAAGAAGUUUGCGGAAAAGUACAACUUGGAGGGCCCGAUCGCUGGUAACUUUAUGGUGGCGGAAUACGACGACAAUGUGCCCGCUUAUCAUAGGCAUUUGAAUCUUUAAUUAACCAUUGCAUACGUAUUAAACCUUUUCAGAUCUAAAACAUAAACAUAAAUUUCAUAUAAUUUUAAAUCUUGCAUUGCAUUUGAUACAAGAUCGUAAAUAAAAUUAUAAUAGGCAAAUUA